UCAUCGUAUUCCAGAGUUGUAAUUAUUAGUGAUAGUAGUAUUUGUAUGUACGAGUUGUUGGAAGUCUAGGUAAUAUAGUUAGUCUGUAGGAAGGCUCAUACUAGGAAUCUAUUAUUACACUGGGUCGCUGUUUUAAACUCAGUCGGUCUUGGCAUCGCGAGCCGUGAGAACGCUUCAUUGUACACCUGAGCCGACAAGAGCCGCGCACAACGCGUUCAGUAUUCUCUCGAACCGGCUCUUUCUUCGUUCGUCCCUCGUUCUUUGUCCUCGCGAUUUUUCUCUUUUCGUUUAUAAAGUUCAAAUAUCACAAAUUCGAAUUACUAACGUAUAUUAUUAGAAAGACGUGGUCAAGAUGCCGUACUAUGGCGACAGUACGCCUUAUUAUUAUGGGGGAACAUUUGCUAAUCAUAGUUCUCUUAUGACUGGAAUACCACGAAGUUACCACAAUCCAUUGUCUGCAAGAUUUGCACCACAUCUGUCGACGAUUACGGAAUCGUCGUUAAGCAAUCUACGACGUUAUUCACCUGUCAGCACGGUGACCACUCGCGUUAGACGAGUAAUUGACACUGCCGAUAUUGAUGUAUCGACACCAAGAACUCUGUCAUCGAGGGAUGAAAAUCGGCAAAGAGGUAAUCGGCUUCGCCGAGACAGGCCAACGAUAAAGAUAAGAUCGCAAGCAUUGAAAGAUAAUCCGGCGUUACGAGAGCACAAUGAAAAACAUGAAAAGAGUGUAGGCGAACUGCUGGUGGAAAAAUUUUUGAUAAAGGAUAAAAAAAGACUUGAGGAUGAGGAAUCUCGAACGCGUGUUUAUCAUCAGGUGAGUCUCGAUCAAGAAAACAAUACGCAGGAUUUUCAAUCGAUGCAGGGAAGAAUAACGCGAAGGAUGACGAGGAGAAGAUCAUCAGCCGAUAUUCAACUCGAUGCGGAACAAAUACAACGAGAAGUUACUUAUGCUCAGGUCCAAGCGAAGGUUUUAGAUAGUUUGGUAGCAGAGGAGCAAGCUGAGAUCGAGGACGAAGUUAAAAGAGGUACUUUGAUUAGAAAAGGUGUUAUUAGAGGUUCUAGACCGAUCUCAUCUUUCUUUGGAGACAGUGAGGAAUCUCUAGAAGCUAGAGAUGAUGAAAACGAAACGGCAUUGAAGGUGAAGAAAACAUUUAAAAAGAUAAAAAAGAAGAAAAAGAUUAUGGAAAAAACAUCGCCUACCGACGAGGAGGAAAAAAAAGAAGAUACGCUUGAAAUGAGACAAUCGAGUACCUCUUCCAACGAAGCGCGUAGUAUGGAAAAUGCGAAGAAAGAUGAAAGUCAGGACGAAAGUAAAUUUGGAAAACCCGUUUACAAAAUCGAAGCAUCUAACAGCGUCGGUGACUUUUCUACAAUUUGGAUUAACGCAACUUCGGAAAAUACUGAGGAAAAGGAAAGCGUUGAACAAUUCAGAGAAAGCAUUAGGAUUCCUGUUCCCAAAAAAGCUUUGGCUAAUGUUAAGCAGACUGGGGGCGUUGCCUCGGUGCCGGAAAAUAGUAUCCUUGAAGAAACUGAAACUAAGAUCGUGUUACCAGUUCGUAAACCCUAUAUCAAAGAUACAUCAAGGAACAGUGUGUAUCUUACUUUAAAAACGCAAGAUAAAGAAAAGAAAAAGUUAAACAUUAAGGACAGCAACGUUUCUACUCUACAAAAAAUACCUAACGGUGUAGAUGCUCUAACGAAGAAAGAUUUAUUGAAGCUUCGAGUUAGAGACACUUUACAGAAAGUCCUAGAAAUCGGUAACGAGAAUAAUGAGGACGCUUUAUUCGAAAAAUCAUCGAAACUUAUCAAAGACCCGAAAGAAAAAGUCGUAUCUAACGAAACGAAAGUUGAAAAGAAUAAAAAAAUAGGAAAGGCAAUUAUCGAUAACGCGAAUCUAUCAAAACCUAAAGACGGCAUUAUAAAGAAAAGUGGAAAGGAUACGGCAUCGAAGGAUAGUAAUGGAGAAGUUAAAACGAUUAGCAUAGAUAGUUCAGAAAAAAAAGAAUCAAUAACAGUAAUGGAUAAAAGCUUGGAAACAUUGAAAGAGAAAAAAAAUGGUGUCAAGGGUAAACGAAUCGUUGAGAAAACGGACGAAAGUAAAUUGGCUUGUAAAGACAUCGAUAUUAAGAAAGAAGAAAAGAUGAAAAAUAAUGUUGGCUUGUUGGCUAACGGUGAUACGAAGAACAAAUUAGGAAAAAUUGAAAAUGAUAUAUCGAUGAAUAGAGGAAUUUCUAUCUCUAAUGAUACGGGUGAAAACAGCGCCGCGGUGUCGUUGGUGCUUACACCGAACGCUUCGUGCCUGCCAAAACCGUCUAAAAUUAAUACGGAUGAAAAUAAUGCCGUAGAAGCGCCAGAGCUUUCGUUACGAGUAGCAGCGUACCUGGCAAAUCCACCAAAAAUUGAGAAUCUCGAGGACGCAGCUGCGUCAUUAGCGGAAAAUACAAUAAAUAAAGAGGAAACCUUGAAGAGGAUUUCUCGUGGGAAGAGAAUCGAUGUGGAGAACGUGAACAGUAUAAAAUCGAACGCAAUUGAUUCGAUGAUAGCCAAGUCCAAGGACGGUAACGAUCGUGCAAUGAAAUUAAAUACGAAGAAUAAGGAUUCCUCAAAUAUCACGAAGGACGAACUAAGAGAGACCGGAGACGCGAGUAAAUCGAAGAACAUGAGCUCGUUGAAAUCCAUGAUGGCGGGGGGAAAUACGAAAGAGGUCGACGGCACGGCGACCGUUUUAUCGCGGAACAUGCCAACGGAUUCGACGUACACCAACAAAACCGGUGCUGCGUUCCAGAACACCGUCUUGCGUAAAGGACCAUCGUUGAUAGUAAAACAAAGUGCAGAAUCUAUUGACGCAAAAUCACUCAUGAGUAUGAGUGACAAAUUGAUUAACGGGACUGAAAUAAUUAAUACACCGAUUAACGAAAAGAUGGAAGAUUUGUUGAAGAGCGAAUCCACGGAAUCAAUAGAUUUUUGGAACGAAAUCAAAAGUAAUGAACCAAAACAAAUGCAAUCUGUUGAUAAUUCCAAAGUGGAAUCAAUUUCUUCAUCGUCAUCAUCGUCGUCAUCGUCAUCGUCAUCGUCAUCGUCGUCGAUAAAAAAACAACCAGACGAUAAGGAAAAAGAAACUGAUCUUAAAAUAAGCAUUGCACCCUGCACUCCGACAUACUUGUCCAGUAAUAUCACAACGACGACGACGGCGACAGCGACGACGACGACGAUGGCGACAACGAAGACAACGAGUUUUCCAGAAAAACAACAACGAGGAACGAUCGCUAAAAGUCCCCUCAAUGAGAGCAAAUUUAUUAAGAACAAAGAAGAAGUUACGCCUCCAGAAGUACAAGGAGAAGCUGAAAAGGAGAACAAAGAAACAGUAACGGGGGAAAAAAAGAAAAUACGUAAGAAGGCGGAUCUUGUUAUCUCAAUACCACCCUCAUCGAAGGAUGUGUCUUCGACGGUAAAAAGAAAAAAUCCCCUGAUUAAAGAAACCACAUGCUCAGAUAACACUCCAUCUUUAAUAGUGUCACCUUCUACGCCAACUCAAUCUCAAUCUGAACUUACUACACCUUUCAGUGAGAUACCUUCUACCGUAGUACCCUUGAUAAAUAUUGUCGAAGCGUCACCAAUCAACGAAUCUCAAAUACAGGAUAUAGACGAAGAAGAAGAGAGUCCUAGCACACCUACCAAUGAAUGGACCAACUCACCUAUCGCACUGAUCUCAAAAUGGAACGAUCAUGAUAAUUUUUCUAAUGCCGAUGAUCAUGAGAAAACUGUGACACCUGCCUCUUCCAACGAGGCCAGUCUUGUAGCGACACCCAACGAUAGUCAGCAAGCUAGUCCGGAAUCAUCGAAGAAAAAUAAAAAGAUUGUUAAGAAAAGGAAAUCGAGCUCGAAGACGAUCGGUAACGAAGAGGACAAAAACGAGAAGAAGGAUAGCAAAGGAUCACGCAACGAGACAAUAUCAAAGACUCGUCAAGAAGCAACGAGCACUUUGAAACCACCUGAAAACAGUUCGUCGCCAAGAUUAAGUCCUAGGAACUCGCCUACUCAGAGACCGAUCGAUCUAAUAAGAAUGUUUUAUACUACACCAUCUGCUUUACUCACGGCUACGCCAAGAGAUCUUUCCAAAGUUAGACGAGCAAAGAUCAAAAGAAAGAGACAUCAGUCGCGAACACCAUCCGUGAGUAGCGAUAGUACCGGAAGUACCGCCAGUACGGCUACUACCGGUAGCACCGAUGGUAGCAGUGCUUCGACUUGCACCGAAUUGGACGACGAUCCAGAGCACAAAAGGAUGGCUUCGACAAGAAGCAACGAUUCUGGAUUCGACGGUUCGCCAAGGAUUUCCACUCCGUCGCAAUCAUUAGAGAAUCAAAGAAACUCAGACACGCCGGAUCAUUUUCCAAGUGGUCGUAUUACACCACCGGCCAUAAAUCUGCCAAGAUUCAAAAAGUAUGCCGUGACGGAUUUUAACUUUCUUAAAGUCCUGGGUAAAGGUAGCUUUGGCAAAGUAUUACUAGCAGAAUUACGUGGCACAGAAUGUGUUUAUGCGGUUAAGUGUCUGAAAAAGGACGUUGUCCUCGAAGAUGACGAUGUCGAGUGUACGUUGAUUGAACGUAAAGUUCUUACAUUGGCUACAAGGCAUCCAUAUCUCUGUCAUCUCUUCUGCACCUUCCAAACAGAUUCGCAUCUCUUCUUCGUCAUGGAAUAUCUUAACGGAGGAGAUCUUAUGUUUCAUAUACAAAAAUCUGGUCGAUUUCCCGAAGUUCGUGCACGUUUCUAUGCCGCCGAAAUUUGGUCCGGCUUGAAUUUCUUACAUAAGAAGGGUAUCGUUUAUCGUGAUCUUAAACUCGAUAAUGUGCUCUUAGACUUUGAAGGGCACAUUAGGAUCGCUGAUUUCGGUAUGUGUAAAUUACAAAUAUUCUUGGAUAGAACCGCGGACACCUUCUGCGGUACACCAGAUUAUAUGGCACCUGAGAUUAUAAAAGGAUUGAAGUACAAUCAAGCUGUAGAUUGGUGGUCAUACGGAGUUUUGUUAUAUGAAAUGCUAACAGGCCAAUCACCAUUUUCUGGUUGCGACGAAGAUGAAUUAUUUUGGAGUAUCUGCAAUGAAAGACCUUUCAUACCUCGAUACUUGAGUCAAGAAUCAACAGAUAUGCUGGUCACUUUGCUAGAAAAAGAUUCUGGAAAGAGGCCGCCUGCUCACGAAAUUGCAGUACAUCCUUUCUUUCAGUCUUUGCCUUGGGAUCGACUAGAAAGGAGACAGCUUGAACCUCCCUUUAAACCAGCUUUGGAACAUACCUUGGAUACCAAAUAUUUUGACACGGCAUUCACAGCUGAAAGACCGCGACUCACUCCUAUACCCGAACAAAUUUUAUCUUCGAUGGAUCAAGGCGUUUUUCGUGGAUUUUCAUAUACGAAUCCAAAUGCGACAGACAGGAUGUUUAGUUCCUUAAGAUUGGCGACGAUGCGGUCGCACAAAAAUCGAGCCAGACCUGGCAGUGUGGCCACGUCGGCAAGUUCGGAUUCCGGUAGAGCAGAGGAAGUUCCCCCACUUCUCUUUCAUCCCCCGAGUUUUUUGCUUCUCGAUGAACAGGACGGCAAUAUAUCGUCACCGUCAAGCGUAUCUUCUAAAGUCGCACAAGUUAGAGUAGAACGCGAGGGUGGUAGUCUUGGUGUCACUCUUCGCGGUGGAGUUUCCAGAGCUCUCGUUGUCACGGGAAUAAAAGCCGAUGGUCCAGCUGCAAAAGAAGGGAGAGUUAGACCUGGUGACAGAUUACUUGCGGUCGAUGAUACCGAGUUGAGUGGUUUAACUUUAGCCGAAGCUCAAAGAGCACUUAGAAGAAGUUCAGAUUCACCUGUGGCUUCUCUAACUAUCGAGUAUGAUGUCGCGAACAUGGACGAAGCUCGAGCAGCAACAUCCGGCUCACUCUUGGUCCAACUCGAACGUGGACUUUCAGGAGAACUAGGUCUAACCGUAAGGGAAACACCUAAUGGAGUUUAUAUCGAGAGUCUUCGACCAGCAAGUACCGCAGAUCGUUGUGGCGCAUUACAGCCAGGAGAUAAACUUCUGGCGGUGGAUGAUACACCGGUACAAGAUGCGGUCACUGCAGCUAAAUUAUUGAGAAAUACUUCGGAAAAUUGUCGUAUAGCAAAGUUACAGAUUCUACCAAGAUUACAAAGUACGUCAGCGAGAACGGUUAAAAGAAGAGCGCAACCUCAAGUGCAACAAAGCUCAAAUCAAACUUUGCAAACGAAGGAAAGUUUAACAGUGAUACUUCGACCCGAUCAUAGGGGUUUUGGUCUCGCUUUGAAACAAACAGAAGAUCGUAUAAAUUAUGUGAUAAAUUUUUUGGAAGCUGGUGGUCCGGCCGAACAAAGCGGUGUUCUAUUACCUGGUGAUCGAGCGAUCGCUAUUAAUCGUACUAUAUUGCGCGACUUGAAACCUACAGAUGUGGCUGAUAUUUUAGAAAAUUCACAAAUGAUUGAACUUGUUACGGAGUACAAGGUGGGUGGUCCGGUUGUACCUAAUUCUGGUGUUUUUACUGUAAGAGUCGCAAGACCUCUAGGUGGGCAUCCUGAUCUAGGACUUACUGUAAACGAAGAUUUAGUUAUAACCGAAGUUCGCAAAGGUUCUCUAGCAUAUAGAACAGGUAGUUUAGCAUCGGGAGAUCGCAUACUAGCUAUCGACAAUCAAAAAUUAGAUGCCGGUGAUCUGAGACAAGCCGCGCAAUUACUUCACCGACCAGGAAGUUCUGUAGUUGCUCUAACUGUAAGAAAGUCUGACCCACUUUCAGAAACAAGAGAUUAUUGUAAGGAAUCAAGUAUAGGAAGUGAUGUAGUACCCACUCAAUAUCCUUCAACUAUCUUACGUUCUGCCAGAGAAAGUUUACCCAGUGUUGAUAGUGCAGUGGAUUCUUGGGGAGAAUUAGGAGAAAGUAGUGGAGCAGGCCCGGAAAUAUUAAGACUGUGGGAUGCGGUUUCUGUGGACAGUGGACAAUUAGAUCCUCCGACACCACCUUAUCAAAACUCUCAAGAACACGGUGUAUCAGACAAUAGACCUCAACAAAUAAUACACGUAUCACUGCACAAGGAUCCAGUUUACGAAGAUUUCGGAUUUUCUGUCUCCGAUGGACUUUACGAACGUGGCGUAUAUAUAAAUCGUUUAAGACCUGGUGGACCUUGCGAUGGAGUUUUGCGACCUUACGACAGAAUUCUACGUGUUAACGAAGCAAAUACAGAAGACUGCGACUGUUGUUUGGCCGUACCCCUAAUUGCCGCUGCUGGUCCACGUUUAGAUUUGACUGUGGCUAGGCCACUAUCACCUCAGGACAUCGUAAAAACUUUGUAGGGCAUAAUGUAGUAUAUUUUAUAUCAAUGAUGCUGCUGCGAUACUAAUGCCACUGGUAUAUUUUUGUACGCAUGUGUUUAUUUAUAAAAAUAAAUGUACUAUAGAUUGCUUUUAGCUAAAA